AUGAGCACUCAAAUCUGUCUGCUCAUCAUUUUACUAUUAUUCUUUGGAGAAACGAGAAGCUCUGAAAACUAUGAGCUCCGGAUACACGAGGGAGCGAAAAGCGGUGUUCGAAUGACGAUGGGAAUCGAGUUUCAGAGAAAGAUGGACGGUUUAAAGCAUUGUUUUGGUCAAUUAGAGACUUCGGUUGAAUGGAUUGAGUUCAGAGCCGCGCGAUCCGCUUUCUACACGAAUGAACCAGUGCCUUAUUUUGAUGCAAAAAAGGCACCAAAUUUGGAAGGAACACUUCACUUAUUAUGCACGGGAAAUAAAAUGAUCUCUCUUUCAUUCCACGUUCAUAUCACUCGUUUAAAUCGUCAUCCACCAACAUUUGUCAAUGGAAAUGACUUUACUUUCUAUGUUCCAAUCGAUAUACGAAAAGAAGAACUUGGAGAAAUUGCGACUUUACAAGUAGAAGAUGUCGAUACAGUGAUUUACAACUCACAACGAAUGCUUCGAUUCACAAAGGAUCAAUCAUUAUUCACAAUUGAGUCUGAUGGAAGGCUGAGAUUGAAAAGCACAUUGACAAGUCAACAACCAUAUAAACCAAUCCAUUUUGAGGUAUUAGCAAUCGAUUUUGGCAGCCCACAAUUGCAUACAAUUGCUAAUGUGACUGUGAUUCCGGUGACUGUUUCAAGAGUCGAGAAUUUGAAAGUGAACGUGGCCACGGAUGAUUAUCAAAUCUUUGAAUGGGAUAAGCCGAAAUAUGGAGUGGCUACAAAAUACAGAUUAACGAUUCGCAAGGGUGAAUCGAUUCUCUACGAAGAGGAGAUGGACUCAAAGCAUACAAGUGCUCUCACAAAGGUACCAAUCGAUGCUGGCGGUGAUUUCUCAUAUCAAGUGACGUCUGUUGAUCAUACUGGAGAGACUCCAUCAGAGAUCAAUCGAUUUAGUGUCAUUCAAAAUGAUUUAACUUGCACAGGACAAUGUGCUCAGGGUGGCGGCAUUCCCCUUUGCCAUUACGGACUGCAUCAAGUUGUUCAACAGUACUCUGAUGAACGAGGUCAUCACUGUCAUUGCUAUCACGGAUAUUCUGGAAACACAUGUCAAUACACUGAUACUUGUCCAGCUGAGAAAACCUUAGACGUCUAUGGAGGACUUGAUUGGCCAGAGACACCGGUAAAUUCCUCUGUGCCCGCUCCUUGUCCGUACAAUCACGAUGGAGAGACAUUGUCUCGUGUCUGUGGCUGGGAACCGAUCAUGGGCAGAGCUGUGUGGCAACCGGCGUUAAACGCUGAGAAAUGUGUUCCACAAAUCUCACUCCUCACCCACCUCGGAAUGAUCGGCACAUUCGCGGGGAAAGCAGACUCUACCUCUACAGUGCAUACAGUCGUUCGCUAUUUUCGAAAGCUGCUUAACGUGCCAGCAUUUACUGCAAUGCCCGAUCCACAUGCAAUCAUUCCACAAGCCCAAUCACCGGCACACUUUGAUCAAAAGAUUGCUGAGGAGGUGGUGCAAGUGGUGGAACAAGUUUUACAUGUAAACAUCUCAAAUCUCAAAGGGAAUGGAACGCAAGCAAGAGCUGAUAUGUGGUCAGUCCUUCGGGAUUUCACCUUCCGUUUGCCUGUGCCAAUGUCACUAGCCUCGUCCACUCAUGGACUCCAUUUACGAGCCAAUCAUUGGCUUGCCGGUGCUGACAACUACAAGACUCUCGUCGGAGCAUCGUGCUAUGUAAAGCUCUCCACCAUUCAAAAGGACAACAUCAUUCGAUCAAUUUGUAUGCAGAAUGGAACCUUAUUUGAAAUGAUUGAUGGAAGAAACCCAGUGCUAUCACUUGAAGUCGACCGUCCCCUCCACAACUCAUUCUCUCGAGUCAACUUCGGUCUUCGUCCACCAUAUCAAAACACAAGUGACAACUAUACUUGUGUCAUCUGGGAUCAGCAUGCUCUUUCUUGGUCAACACGAAACAUUCGUCGUCUCUCUGCUGAUGAUCACGGUUUUGUCGUUUGCGAAUCGUCUCAUCUAGGAGUUUUCGCAUUAUUACCAGAAUCUUUAUUCAUCACUCGAUCUCCUCUCCUUUCUACUUUAACAUCAACACUUCCAACAGUGACCUCAGGGAUUUCUGUGAUCGUUGCAGCAAUCUUUCUCUUUAUUGCAGCUUGUCAAAGAGCUCCAUCCACUGACAUCCAUCUAUUGUUACUCCUCUUCGACAUUUUCUUGAUACACUUUGUGCAUUUAGCGCAAUUGAUUGGACCUCAGAUUGGUGACUCGUAUCUCCUUUCCCCAUCCGUUCAUCUCGGUCUUCAAUUCGGCGUCAUCUCCGCAACGGCAACGCUUUGCCUCAUCGUAGCAGCACUUCACUCGUUCAUGACUUCUCUCAGAGAUCAUCCGACAAAAGAAGACCUAGAGGAAGCCUGUUGUUCUCGAUCAGCGCGACUCGUCAUUUUUGCACUUGUGAUUCCCGGUGUACUUACUUUCAUCACUUAUCACUAUUCAACAAAUGGAAUCUAUGAUUUCUCAAGAGUUGUUGAGCGCGUCGAAUGGCUGUUCAUCUUCACCUAUCUCAUCCCGGCCGUUUUCUUCCUCUCACUCGCAAUGGCGUUCGCCAUUUGGAACAUUGUACUUGGAAAUCAACUCGAUCGCUCGACAACACCGAACUCUCGAUGUCUUGCCAUUUCACCAGCCACUUCAGCCUCAAUCUCUUCAUUGCUUCUCAUGAGUGCACUCACCGCCGAUGUUGUGCUAUUCAUUUUAAGAGAAUUCACAAUAACAGCUGUCCUCGGUCUGUCAAUGGCUCAAAUCAUCCUCUGUCUAGCCAUUUUCAAAUUCUCCGGCUAUUUAUUCAGAAUACGAAUGCUGACUGAAUGUGAUCCAGAUGGUGGCUCGACAAGGUCAUUGGAGAGAAAACGAGAUAUUUCAAGAGCUCUGCUAGAACACGUUGAUGCUAAGCAUACUUAUGGCAGCGACGUGGACAGCGUUCGGUCGGAUUCAGCUCAUUUUCUGAGCAAUUUGACAUCAAAUCUCUACGAUCGUCAACCAAUGGUUUCAAUUGUU